AUGAUCCCCGUGGCAGGCCGCCGCAAAGGCCUGAGUCAGGCACCUAAUUUGGGGUCUGCGGGGAACAAUGAGACAAACUCAUCGCUUGGUGGAGGCUUCACCACCUCAACCGGAGCAGCACCUUCACCUGCUACCGCCGGGGACGCCCUUUCGUUUCUUGACUUCGAUAACGACACCGGACCCACACAAGCUUCCGCACCCGUCGCAUCACGAAGGGGAGCCCCCACAGCUGCACCCCCUCAGCGGGACACACUUUCGUUUCUCGAUUUCGAUGACGAUGAAGGACCUUCCAAGCCUUCAGCACCUGCUGCGUCAAGGAGGACGGCACCCCCAGUCGCCCCCGCCCCUGCGCAGAGCGCCCCGUCAUUUCUUGAUUUUGACGAUGAUGACGGACCCACAAAACCACCCCCGCGAUCGCAACCUCCGGCAUCUGCCGCCUCCAGAGGGGCACCCGCUCAGGCAGUGCCCUCCUUUCUCGAUUUCGAUGACGAUGCUCCUGCAAAUGUUCCUUCAACACCUCAACCCUCUGCUGCGGUGUCUUUAGAAAUCACUAAUCGGUGGCACGAACUGCAGAAGGAGCUCCAACGCGUGCAAGUUGAGACCCUCAGUUGCGAGGAGGUGAUUCGGAAGUUCGAAAGCGGCGAACACGAAUUGUGCCUGGAAGUGGGGACUCUAGACGAACAAGUGCAGCAGAAGCAGGCGGCGGGGGAGAAGGCAGCUGCAGCGCGAGAAGAGUUGGAGAGGGCGCUGGAACUAAGACGCCAACAGCUCACAGAAGAGAACGAGGCAAAGCACAAACAACUAUUAGUGGAGGGUGUCAAUACCAUGCGAGAGCGGUACGAGGACGAGCUGAGUACUCUAACUGCAUCUGUAGAAGACCAGAAAGUGAACCUGUUGGCUGUUGAAGAGAAGCACAGCACUAUGGAUGGGUCGAUCAGCAGUGUUGAAUUAUAUGAACGAGCGGUUUGUCAACUGCAAGAGAGGUUGAAGGCAACGCUGCGCGACAUAAGCGCUGCGGUUUGCUUGCGAAUCAAACCGUCGCUCACUAAUUGCAUCAGAGACACCGUAGCACAGUUUGCCCAGGAGAGGUCGGAUAUGCAGUGCAAUGAUCGGCGUAGAAGACGCGAGCAGUUGGACACUUUCCAGAAGAAUGUGGAUAAAGGAUUCUCAUCAUUUUGUGAAGAACGGCGAACUAAACAUCAGUCGCGAGUGGACUCCAUCUUUGGUGGAGAGAGAUUUCGUUUCCAAGCAGAGGUUGAGCGACGGUUUACCACGUCUAGGAUGGAGUUUAUGGAACGACAGAAGGAGCUUACAGCUGAGGCAAAGAAAGGAGCGCUGAUUACUUUUGAGGAGAUGACGCGUCGAGCAGCCGCAGAUAUGGAGGUGUUUCAGAGAAAGAUGAAGGAAGAACUGAGGUUGAUGGAGGAGCGAUAUGCUGCUGAGUUGGCUCAUCUUGCGCGGCUUCAGGCUUCGGAGAAGGCGGCGGCACUUCGACCCCGCUGUGAAAAUGAUGAGCUGGGCUCCAGCGUUACUGCCGCCACGCCUUCAGUUUGUAAGGCAGUUGAAAAGGAUGUGAGGUACUUGCGGGAGCGCGUGGAACAGAUUAAGCAGUCUGUCUCACUCGAUAUCCAGGAUCUUUCUAUUGCUUCACAGCACCCUAGAUGUGAAUCUCUCUCUGCGUUGGGGAAGGAGCGCAUGCUGGCGGAACUGGAGGAAAAAGUGCGUCUGCUUAGUCGCCAGUUCGGUGCUCAGUGGCAGCGUUUUAAAUCUGCAGUGGGACCGCUGCAUCAAUCCGUGCAGCUGAUGGUACGUGGGUUGCAGGACGGGCGAGUGAGAGCCGCUGCUCAACAACAGGAAACUGAAUGUAUUUAUCGUGAGUGGACCCAAAGUGUUAGGAAGGAAUUGUCAAUGUGUUUGACAAGUGGUGGGGCGUCGUCAGAGUCUGCGGAAUUACAAAGCGGGCUUGUGUCUAUGACUCGGGUAGUGGAGAUGGCACGGGCGCAGGUUCAGGCUGUACUGGAGGCUCAGAGGCAUCGCUCCGAGGUGCUAAGGGGCUUUAAUUCCGAGGUACAGGAGAGCCUAUCUGCACUUGUUAAGCAGCGCGUAGCCUCAAACGGCACCCUCCAUUCUGUAUUUGAUGAGUAUGAGCGUCUGUCCCAUGCGGCGGCGGAGGUGGAGGCGAAGCGUAGGGCCCUUGAGGUGGCAGCAGAAAAUUACGAUCACGCGAAACAAGUAUUGGAAAAGGAACGUGAAACAUUCGAUGGUAGGUUGAAGGUGGCGCAAGAGCUUGGCGUCAAACUCCGGAUCGAUUCAGAGAAACUGGAGAGGAAGGCAGCGCGGUAUGCGCGCGCUCGGCUUUCUGGUGGCUCACAGUUUGUACGGGCUGUUACAAUGGAAAAACCACUUCGUGAUCGUCUGCAGUGCGGAAAACGUAUGGAGUGGAGGAGUCAAUCUCACGGACAUUCUCCCAGAAAGCGGGCGGCGGAUUGUGUGUCUGGCCACCCAUCGCCUAGUUCCGCGGAGUACAGGCGCUCUGCAACUGCGUCGAACGGUGGAGAUGUGCUCGACUUUGUUACUCUUCUGAGUUUUGAUGAUGCCGUGGGGCAAGGUGACUCUGGAGACUUGCAACACAAGCGGCAACCGUGCCAGUAUAGAAGCACUACGUCGUUUGAUCCGUCAAGUUGUGGCAGUGACGGAACGUACUUUACAACACCUUCAACUCUCAACUAA